CAGCUAUGGGGGCGCGGGUGCUCUGCGCCGUGGCCGGCUGUGACCACCGCACUUGUCACGCAGGCCCCUUCCAGGUCGUCUUUGUCGGCCUGGACCAUUGUCAUGAAGAUGGGUGUGUUGCACGGGCGUGCGUGUCCCGGCCGGUGACGGGUAACCACAGCAAGCCGGGCCUUCAAUCUCCUUUUGUUAAGUGGAGCAAGCGAUGCUCUGCUCUUCAUCUUGACUCCGGUUUGUACAUCUACGACGCGCCAUCUGUCUUCGUCCAAGACACGCUUCAUUUCAAGCUUUGUAACCGUGCCGAAGAUCGCGUAGUAGGAAUUCUCAAGUACGACAUGAGCACUAAUAGCUUAUCGCUGAUUGAUAUGCCGCUUGCGUGGUCUGUCAAUGCCAAUGCUUCUAUCCUCGUGGCGAUGGAGGAUGACAGUUUGGGCUUUGCACAUGUCGACGGGUUAAUCCUCAAUCUGUGGUCAAGGCACAUGGGUUCUGACGGAGUUGCGUCAUGGACUCAGCGUGCAGUCAUCGAUAUCAAGGGCAUUCUUCCCAUUGGAAAUCCAAAUAAAAGACUUAGGCUGAUUGGAUCUGUGGAAGGCACCGAUAUCAUUUUCGUGACCACAGAUCUUGGCAUCUACAAGAUUAAUCUCAAAUCACUACAGUGGAAGAAGGUAUGGGAGAGAAAAAAGUUUCAAGAUUUCAUCCCGUACAUGAUUUUCUACAAUCCACAAGGUUUGCGGAAUGAUGGCGAUAAGAAGAAUCUGCUGGAGGGAUCGUCAGCGGAGGUGCGAGCUCAUGAUGCAGCGUCUGUGGUGCCGAUUGGUCAGCUGCCGAGAAUUACUCAGGCCGGGGAAGAUGAUCUUGAAUCUGAAUCUUACGAAGAUCUUGAAUCUGAAUCUUACGAAUAUCUUGAAUAUGAAUCUUACGAAGAUCGUGAAUCUGAAUCUGAAGAAGAUCUUGAAUCUGAAUCGGAAGAAGACUGAAAUGUUUCUACAAUCGACAAGAAAGGGUGACCCUCAGUGAUGCAGCGCAUUAAGAGUUUGUGGUUGAAUAUCUACAAGGCUACAUUCAUCAACAAGAUAGGUGACAAUCUUGGAGGCAACAGGGGUCGCGUGAUAUCGUGAUGAAUUAUGUCAUUAUUCAGUACUCCUUUUGGUGCAGUGGUGCUUGGUUGUUUUCUGAUGUUGUUUUUGUCAGUUAGCUUGAUAAUCUCCCGUGUUAAUGGCGGGGUGAAUUGAUUAUAUUUGUAAUGAAGGUCUAAUUUUAUGUGCCCUGUUGUAGAAUUUGCUUGAAAAAGCAUUUGCACAGUAA